CGGUGAGGGAGUGAACGCCUGAGGCUUCUGGGAGGGGUUAUCAUAUAUAACCCCUCUCUGCUGCUUUGCACAGUGACUGCGCCUCUGUCUACCACAGCCCUCUAAUCAGACCACAAACCUCUCACCAUGGCUCAACAACCAAUCAGCCUCCCUGCAAAACUCAUCAAUGGUGGAGUUGCUGGACUGGUGGGUGUUACCUGUGUGUUUCCUAUAGAUCUGGCCAAGACAAGACUCCAGAACCAAAGAGGAAGCCAACGGGUUUACAAGAACAUGAUGGACUGUCUGAUUAAGACUGUUCGAUCUGAGGGAUACUUUGGAAUGUACAGAGGUGCAGCAGUCAACCUAACACUGGUGACUCCUGAGAAGGCCAUCAAACUGGCCGCCAAUGAUUUCUUCCGUCAGCGGCUCAGUAGGGGAGAACUCAAGCUGAGCGUGUGUCAGGAAAUGUUGGCUGGGUGCGGGGCAGGGAUGUGUCAAGUCAUUGUCACAACCCCGAUGGAAAUGCUCAAGAUCCAGCUUCAGGACGCAGGACGACUUGCAGCCCAGCAGAGAAAGUUACCCGUGCUCCACACUGUGAAACUUGGGACGGCCAGUCCGGUCCUGAACUGUUCGUACAAUGUGGGUCCUGUGUCUUCAAUUAGGAAAGUUUCAGCCAUUCAGAUUGCCCAGGAACUGUUUCGCACAAAGGGCAUCCAGGGACUUUACAAAGGACUCGGAGCAACUCUCAUGAGGGACAUCCCUUUCUCAGUGAUUUACUUUCCACUGUUUGCCCACAUCAACAAGUUGGGAAAGACUUCUGAGGAUGACAAUGUGCCUUUUUACUGGUCAUUUAUUUCGGGGUGUGUGGCUGGAUGUACAGCGGCUGUGGCAGUCAGUCCUUGUGAUGUCGUGAAAACCCGGCUCCAGUCACUCAAUAGAAGUGCAAACGAAGAAACCUACAAUGGUGUGGCAGACUGCAUCAGAAAGAUAAUGCACAAAGAAGGCCCGACUGCUUUUCUGAAGGGUGCCGGCUGCAGGGCGCUGGUCAUUGCUCCACUCUUUGGAAUUGCUCAAGUGGUUUACUUCGUUGGUGUUGGGGAAUUUCUUUUGGGACAAACACCAUUCAACCUUUACUCUGUCUAAGCUAUGAAACCACCUGCAUUAAAUUUUAAAGACCAACGCAGCUAUGAUGCGACUGUUUAUCUGAGAACAAACCAACUUGCUCCCAUGACAAUUUGUAAUGAUUUGUAGGAGAAGGCAAAAUCAUUCAAAUCUGGGUCAUACAUAAACAUAUAACCCAAAUCUACCAUUACUGUAAUCUGGAAAACAGCUAAAAAGUUUAAAUGUUUCUAUAUGAACCAAAUUAUAGGACAUCAUACACUAACAAACAAAACUCAACAAAAGUUGUCACUGGAGUGGUACUCUUUAAAAAUUAAUAUUUACCACUAAUUUUUAUAAGGUACUCCUAUGCACUCUUUAGGGGUAAGUAAGGUACCAAGGUGUAUACCACCCCAAUACCUUUUUUUUCUUCUUUUUUUUCUGUGAAGCAUAAUUUCAUCAUCUCACACACACUAUUAUGUGUUCUAUAAUUGUUAAAGUGUGUUGAAAAAAAUGGUUGUUGGAGAAGACUGUUAAUGGCUUGGAGUUUAAGUUCAUGUCUUUACAUGAUAUCUAUAGCAUAUUCAACCGGCUUAUUCAGGAAGCUACAUCAUUGCACAUGGUUGUUUCUCUUUCUUUUUGAAAUGUUUGGUCAGAACAGUCAGAUUUAUCCUCAGUGAGGGUUGAUUUGAAAGCAUACAGCCAUGACUCAAGCUCUCAAAGGGCCAGAAAAUCAUGCAAUAUCAUUUUUUAUACAUGUCCUCCAUUAACAAUUUUUGUCCUACCGUUUUUGUGAGGUUUUGUAUAUGCACAAUAUUAAUGGAGGCACUGCUGAAUAAUGUGGACAUUAGCAUGGAGGCAUACCUAUGAGGAGAUUGUUAUACAAUAUACAGUACACGGCUCUGAAGAGACACACAGAGACAGGAUGUUUGAUUCCUGAUGAAGUGAGGCUUUCUGUUCCACCUAACCUUGUUAAAUUGUCAUACUUAUGAAUGUGUAAACAUCUUGAACCAUUCCUGGGUAUUUGAGUGUGCUAAACGGAAGAAAUAUUGAACAAAACUAUUUGAACAAUGGUUUGACACAAGGACCAUAAAUAAAAAUGUUUUGUUCUUAUUUA